UUUAUUUUAAGUUCUUUAACAAGUCUUUCGAUUAACUUAAAGCCACGGUUCCGUUUGCAGAAUGGAUUUCAAGACCUUAGUCGUGAACAAAACUUUGCCCUUUGAUUCUUCUUUGUUGACUGUGCACAUUUCUUUGCGUCAGGUUGAGGAAAUUGCCCUGAGCAUAUCCAAGCGCUGUGUCGUGUCUGGGAUGAAUGAGAUUGCCUGGGCCCUGAGAGCGCUCAUGUUGACCGACCUGACGACACUGUCUGGAGACGAUACUCGGGCUAAUGUGCGUCGGGUUUGUGUGCGAGCCUGUUAUCCCUUUGAACCGCAGUUCUUUGACAAAUACUUUGAGCGUACGCUCCUGCAGGAUAUUCACUGUGCCGCAGUCUGCGUGUAUCCGGCGCGUGUUAAGGAUGCUUAUUCUUCGAUUCAACAGUUUAAUCAAUUGGAAAACGUUGCCAUUGCCGCCGUGGCCACAGGAUUUCCUACUGGCCAAUAUGGACUGCAGACGCGACUUCAAGAAAUUAGCCAUGCAAUUCUGGCUGGUGCCACUGAGAUUGAUAUUGUGAUUAAUCGCCAGCUUGCAAUUCUAGGCGACUGGAAUACACUCUACAACGAAAUUGUGCUCAUGCGUAGCGCUUGCGGGGAUCAUGCGCUUCUGAAGACCAUUCUGGCUAUUGGGGAACUGGGCACUAUGGAAAAUGUCUACAAGGCGGCCAUGGUCUGCAUGAUGGCGGGCGCUGACUUUAUUAAGACAUCCACGGGCAUGGAGGUAGUGAAUGCGACGCUCUCCGUUGGUCUUGUCAUGAUAUUUGCCAUACAGGAGUUUAAGCGACGCACUUGUCAAAUUGUUGGACUCAAGCCGGCUGGUGGAGUACGCACCGUUCGUGAUGCAAUUGCCUGGAUGACCUUGGUUAAGGAAACACUGGGCAGUCGUUGGCUGACACCGCAACGCUUUCGUUUUGGAGCUUCUACACUCUUGAAUGACAUAGAGAAGGUUGUGCGCGAUGGUGUCGCGAAGUUGGAACGCGAGGCGGCUGAGAAGUCAAAUCAGCUUAAAGCUCCAGCAUCCGAGGCAGGCAGUGAGGAGGCAAUGUGCAAGGAGUUGCGCAAGAAACAGCAAGAGAAGAAAUAGACUUGUUUCGUAUAUUUAAAAUAAAUUGUACUUAAAUGU